AUGCCCCGAGUCAUUCAACCGACAAGGCAAUUUCUUUCAAGUCAGAGGAAUUCUGCCUGUUUUAGGCGUACCUGGAGACAACAUCAGUUCACAGCUCAGACCACGCGUCGACAUGCCUCAACCGAUCCUGCUACCGUACCAGCGGGUUCUCAUGUCUUCAAUUUCUUUUACGGUACGACUUUGCUUCUGGGUCUCGGCCUGAUCUUUGUGUAUGUUACAGACACUCGAGCAAGCGUACAUCGUUGGGUAGUGAUUCCAGCUUUGCGUACCAUCUACAAAGACCCUGAAGAAGCGCACGAAAUUGGUAACAGAUCAUUGAAGCAACUAUAUACGUUUGGUCUACAUCCCAGGGAAAGAGGCGAUCCUGACCAGCAAGGUGAUCUGGCGAUCGAGGUGUUCGGACAAGUUCUGAGAAACCCAAUAGGGACAUCAGCUGGGAUCGAUAAGCAUGCUGAAAUUCCAGACCCGCUUUUUGCUAUAGGUCCUGCUAUCAUUGAACUUGGAGGAACAACACCACAACCACAGUCCGGUAACCAAAAGCCUCGGGUGUUCCGAUUAGAAUCCCAAAACGCUCUCAUAAAUCGAUAUGGACUCAACUCUGAGGGCGCUGAUCAUGUGGUCAACCAGUUGCGACACCGAGUAAGACGAUUUGCUGAGAAAUGCGGGUUUGGUCAUGAUGCUCAAGGCGAAAUCUUAGUGCUCGAUGGUCAUGCGGGUGUGCCGCCUGGCAGUCUUACGCCUGGAAAGCUGCUCGCUAUCAACAUAGCCAAGAACAAGGCCACACCAGAAAAUGAUAUUCAAGCUGUAACAAAAGACUACACAUACUGUGCUGAGCGACUAGCACCAUAUGCAGAUAUCCUCGUCGUCAAUGUCUCGAGCCCCAAUACUCCUGGUCUGUGUGGUCUACAAAACCAGGAAUCACUAACUCAGAUCUUGACGUCCGUCGUCAAAGCUGCACGCUCUGUUCAAAGGACUAACAAGCCUGCAGUAAUGGUCAAGGUCAGCCCAGACGAGGAUUCUGACGAUCAAGUGAACGGUAUCUGUCAAGCAAUCUGGGAGUCCGACGUCGACGGGGUCAUAGUCGGAAAUACUACAAACCAACGUCCCGAGCCAAUGCCUCAUCUCAAACCACUCACUCCAAUAGAAGAACAACGUCUACUCGAAACCGGCGGCUUUUCUGGCCCACACCUAUUUGAGAAGACAUUGUCAAUGGUCAAGAAAUACAAAAGUUCACUUGGCGACAGCCCACCACCCAACAUCGGCAACACCCCUGCCCCUGCCAGUACACCUUCCCGAUCAGGCGGUGCAGUCAGUUCACUGAAGGAGCAAAUGCAAAAGGAUCUGGCAGAAGCACCCGCAAAGGCCGGACCACACGGAGACGCAGUGACGGACUCAAUCCAAACAGAAUCCAUUCCUCUACAAAACCUCUCGGAAAAGGCCGAAUCCGAGAAGUUGCCGUUGAUCAACCUUCCCACAGCUAGAUUCUACGACAAGUCACGACCUGAACAAGACAAACUACGGUCCAGUCCUGAUGGUCCCGAGUCUGAGCAGUCGAAGAAAGACAACGAGCGGGCUGAGGAGAAGAGAGAGCAGAUAAGGAAAGAGCAGGAGGAGGCGAAGAAAGCACGACAAGAGACAAAACAAAGCGUAGGAGCGCAAGAUAAGCGUGCACCUGAUACUGGUCGUCGAGAUCAGCCAAAGGUCAUCUUUGCGACUGGUGGUAUCACGAACGGUAAACAGGCACUCGAGAUCUUGAACGCUGGCGCGAGUGUAGCGAUGGUCUAUACUGCUCUCGUGUAUGGAGGUGUAGGAACCAUUUCGAGGAUCAAGGACGAGAUGAGGUAUGAGUUGAAGAGUAAGAAGGAAGAAAGGCGAGGAGCCACUCCUAGGGAGAUCAAAUCUGCCUAA